CUCCACAUCCAGUCUGUGAGCGCUGGAGGAGCUGUCCACCAGCCCGGUGCUGAAGUGCGUCCGACAAAAGCGCUGCACGGUUUAUCAAGGCAAUCAGACAGAGAUGUGAGACGCAGCACGCAGUGGGUAAAUACUUUUAUUCGCGUCUCACCAAUUUAAAGGAUGCACUGGUCAAUGAACACACUGCUAUUGCCUCCUUAUGUUGAGCUGGGUGUCCACUCACUCAGCGGCCUUCUCUGGACCGUCCUGCUACUCUUUCUGUGGCACUGUUACCGGAUGGGCUCCGACCUGCCGAUCCCGGGCCACGCACACGCCGGGAAGCUCAAGUCAGGCUCCAGGCGGUCCAUGAUGUCCCGUGGCGGCAGCUGUGCUGGAACAAAGAGUACUGCACGGUCCAAGCUUUCGAGGAGUGAUCAAAUCACUCCCUUUAUUUCCAUGGAGACGGAGGAGGAUGAGGAACAGAGACAGGGCUACCUCAACCCGGUGCUGAGUCAUGCCUUGUUCCCAGCCCAGGCAUCUGCAGAAGCCAAGAAACUGUACGCAGCACUGCAAGAGUAUGCCAAGCGCUACAGUUGGGUGGGCAUGGGCCGCAUUCAUAAGGGCCUCCGCGAGCAGGUCAGGCUGAACGACCUCUGUGCCAUACAGAAGCCUCAUCUCUUCUUCUUGCCGGACGUGCCAAGUGUUCCUUUCUUCCCACGAGAUGCUCAUCGACAUGACGUUGAGGUUUUGGAAGCCAACUACUCUGUAAUCUUGGCUGAAUUCAAGGCCGUUUCCCAGAGAGGCAUCGACUCAAAGCUAGGCUGGACCAGUCUGGGACCAAAGGGCCAGGCAGUGUUUCCUUUGUACAGUGCAGGUGUCUCUGUGGCAGGCAACUGUCGCUCCUGUCCCCGCACCUAUCGGACACUUCUCUCUCUGCGCACAUUCAUCAGCAGCAACUCACUGGGGUCUGCUGGAUUCUGGCUGUUGGGGCCAGGAGCGACGUUGGGGAGCUCAUACGGACCCACGAAUACACGCCUACGUUGUCACCUCGGUCUGCAAACUCCACCCCUGUGUGAGUUGGUGGUGGGAGGGGAGCCUCAGUGCUGGUCAGAAGGACACUGCCUCCUGGUUGAUGACUCCUUCCUCCACACCAUCUCCCACAAGGGGCCUCCAGAUGCUGGGCCCCGAGUCAUUUUGAGUGUGGACGUCUGGCAUCCAAAUGUGGCCGCAGCAGAGAGACAAGCUUUGGACUUCAUGUUCAGCCCUGACCUCUGAAUUUCUUCCUGCCAAUAAUACACAACAUGCAGGGAUGCCUUAUCUUAGCCCUGCUAGUUGUGGGUCUUGUAUAUUAUUCCAGUUGAUGAAUCACUGUGGGACUCUGCUCUAAGGAUUACACAAGCUAUUGGCCACAAAUGUAAGUGAUUUGUGAUUUAGGGUCAAAUGGCACAAGAGUGCAUUAAUACGGAUGAUAUUACAUCAGUUAAUAUGCUAAAUGUGAGACAAUUAGGCUGAAAACUACAAAUUGACGUCGCUUAAAAGCACAAGAUGAUCAGAUCUGGUGUUAACUAAAUAUUGUCUUGAUCAUAAACUGUGCUUGUGAAUACUAUUUGCAUGUGAAAUCAAUUCGUCCUGAUUACUGGACUUUGUUUUAAGCUGCUGAUGCAUGUUCACAAGCGCACGAGUAAGCCUGGGACGCUUUAUUUUAAAAUAGUUUUGAUAAGCUCAACCAAAAAACUGUGAAAACAUGAAAAUCAUAUACAUGCACAUUUCUAUUUAUCUUUGAAUGCCAAACAUAUAUAAUGCCAAACUGUGAUUAUUCUUUAACUUGGUAUUACCUCUAUCUAUGCUUGUGUUUUGUUUAUUGAGAACAUUGGUGGUUUGCUUAUUUUUUAUGCAUACAUUAGGUUUUAUUUCCAAUUCUGUUUUGCUUGGAAUCCCAAAAACAAAUAAAUAAUCAGUAAAUCA